UUUAAUACACUGCUUCACCAUAGCCGUCUCUCAAAUCAGAAUCUCAGUCUGAUAAUCAGAAUCCCAAACGAUGACGGAAAACUCCUCCUCCGGCUCACAGUCGACGAAAGCCCUAAAACCCAAGCUUCCCAUCAAGGUCCGGCUCUCUAUCAACCUUCUUUCCACCAUCACCGACGCCUCCCGCCGCUCAAAUGGUACCGUAAAUCGCCGACUACUUUCCCUCAUAGAUUUCCGCGCCGCCCCUAGCCUUACCCCAGUCCGCGGCAUUCGAACCCUAGACCUCAUCAUCGAUCCCUCCCGCAACCUCUGGAUCCGCCUAUUCCUCCCCUCCGAUGCCAUCGGCCACCGGAAACUCCCUAUUGUAGUCUUCUUCCACGGGGGCGGAUUCGCUUUCCUAAGUCCUGACAACCAAGUCUACGACGUCGUCUGUCGUCGACUAGCCCGCAAGAUCCCCGCCGUCAUUGUCUCUGUCAACUACCGCCUCUCCCCUGAAAAUCGCUUCCCCGCGCCUUACGAAGACGGAAUCGACGCUCUCCGAUUCAUUGAUUCAGGUGGAAUUGACGCCGUCGCCGGCCAUAUUGCUGAUACCUCAUUUUGCUUCCUGGCCGGCGACAGUGCCGGGGCUAACAUCUCUCACCACGUCGCCCGCCGGUGGGCAGGCAGCGGUGGGUGGAACAAAGUGAAGUUGUCGGGGCUGAUUUUGAUCCAGCCAUUUUUCGGGGGAGAGGAGCGGACGAAGUCGGAGAUUAAGCUCGCUGGGGCGCCGCUGGUGUCGAUGACGAGGACUGAUUGGCGAUGGAGGGCGUUUUUGCCGGUGGGUGCUGAUCGGAACCAUGAGGCGGCUAAUGUUUUUGGGCCAAAUGACUUGGGAGUGAUGGAGGAGGGAUUUCCGCCGGCAAUUCUGGUUGUUGGUGGUUUUGAUCCGCUGCAAGAUUGGCAGCGGCGGUACGGAGAGGAACUGAGGGCGAGGGGGAAGGAGGUGAGGGUGUUGGAGUUCCCGGAAUCGAUUCAUGCUUUCUAUAUCUUUCCGGGGAUGGCUGAUGGCGCGAAGCUGGUUGAGGAGAUGGGAAAGUUCAUAUGGAGCCGGAGUUCGCCGGAGAAAGAGGUGAAGUAAGAGGUUGAUUUAGGGUUUUUUUUCCUUAAUAUGUAAAAAAUAAGUGGAGUCAAUCAUUGGGGGAUUUGAGGCGCCCUCGACACGCACCCUUCGUCAUAUUUGACCUUCCGCUUAGCUGAUGCAUUCCAGAUUUUCCAACCAAGUUUUCAUUUACAUUAAAAUCGAAUUU